UUGACUGUCGAGCUGCAGUGAGUAUCGUCUUUCUGUCUGUGUUCAUAUACAGUGAAAUGGCAGGAGCCAGUAUCUCAUGGGCUGAGGACCAGUUCUGCUGUCCAGUGUGUCUGGAUCUCCUGAAGGAUCCAGUGACGAUUCCCUGUGGACACAGUUACUGUAAGGAAUGCAUCUCAGAUUGCUGGGAUCAGAAUGAUCGGAAGGGAAUUUACAGCUGCCCUCAGUGCAGAAAAACCUUCACAACAAGACCAGUUUUAAGUAAGAAUGUGGUGUUUGCUGGGGUGGUGGAGCAACUCAAGACGAUGAGACUCCAAUCUGCUCCUGCUGCUCCUCCUGCUGCUCCUGCAGUUCCUCACACUGGAUCUGGAGAUGUUCAGUGUGAUUCCUGCACUGGAAGAAAACAGAAAGCAGUGAAGUCGUGUCUGGAGUGUCAAAGCUCUUACUGUCAAAAUCACCUUGAACAGCAUGAGAAUCUCUUCAGAGGUAAAAGACACAAUCUGAUGGACGCUACUGGACGACUGCAGGACAUGAUCUGCACUCGACAUGGUAAAAUGCUGGAAAUUUACUGCCGUACCGACCAGCGGUGUAUCUGUAUGCUGUGUUUGGUGGAUGAACACAAAAAUCAUGACACUGUUUCAACUGAAGUGGCAAGAACAGAGAAACAGAAACAUUUUGAGGAAACACAGAAAAACAUCCAGAAAACAAUCCAGCAGAGAAGGAUAGAUCUAAAGCGGAUGAGAGAGGCUGUGGAGUCUCAUAAGCGCUCUGCACAGACUGCAAUGGAGGGCAGUGAGAGGAUCUUCACUGAGCUCAUCCGCUCCAUUGAGAAACGUCAUGCUGAGGUGAAGCAGCUGAUCAGAGAUCAGGAACGAGCUGCAGUGAAACAAGCUGAAGAAAGACUGGCGCGACUGGAGCUGGAGCUCGAUGAUCUGAGGUGGAAAGAGAAUGAACUGAAACAGCUUUCAAACACAGAUGAUCAUAUUCAUUUCCUCCAGAGUUGCCCGUCGGUCUCUUUCUCUGGAUCUACAGACAGCUUCACUGUCAGUUCUCGUCCCAAUUUUGAUGAGGUGGUGAAAUCUGUCUCUCAACUCAGAGACAAACUGCAGCAGUUUUGCACUGAUGAAAUAGAAAGAUUAUCUAAAACAGUUAAAACCGUCCAGGUCAUUGUCCCGAGUCUUGAAUUUUCGACUAGGAAGGAGUUCCUACAAUAUUCCCGUCUGUUGACUCUGGAUGUGAACUCAGUGAAUAAUUGGCUCCGUCUGUUUGAGGAAAACACAGUGAUCACUUACUCUGACACACGUCUGCCGUAUCCUGAUCAUCCAGCCAGAUUUGAUUCUUGGACCGAGGCGUUGUGUAGAGAGAGUGUGACUGGACGUUGUUACUGGGAGGUGGAGUGGAGUGGUGAUGGGAGACUAGGAGUGGAUAUAGGAGUAACAUAUAAGAGUAUCGGCAGAAAAGGAAAUGGUCCUGAGUGUGCAGUUGGACGCAAUAAUCAGUCCUGGUGUUUGUUCUGCUCUCCAGACUAUUGCUCAUUCUGGCACAAUAACAUAGAGACUGUCCUUCCUGUAGUCAAUGUCUCCAGUAGAAUAGGAGUGUAUGUGGAUCACAGCGCAGGGAUUUUGUCCUUCUACAGCGUCUCAGACACAAUGAGCCUCAUCCACAGAGUCCAGACCACAUUCACUCAGCCACUCUAUGCUGUGUUUGGAUUAGAUAAACAGACAGCAGUGAAACUGUCCAGCCGAUUAAAUAAUUCGGAUAUUAUAUAUAUUAAUCCAGAUAUUCUAGGGGCUUUGUUGCUUCGCAGAAUGAUGAUGUCAUGAGGCGUAUUUUCUAAACAGGAUUGGUUUUCAAACUUCUGUAUAUCAAUAGUGCUGUAUUUUCCUGUCUGUCAUUUCUCUUCUGCUGACUCAGUUGUUUGUUUAAAAGAAAUGGUUUAGUUUCUGCAUUACUGGAACAUUGUGUGCAUAGUUUUUUUCUGACAACAGUUAAAGACAUCUCUAACAUCUCGUCCAACAGGAUUUAUCAGUUUCUAAAAGUUAAAUGUUUCUGCUACUUCUAGAUCAUCAGUAUGAACAUAUUUCAUAAGUUUUUAGCGCACUAUUAUCUCUCAUAUACUGUAGAAAAAAUAGACUUUUGCAUAUUUACACAUUUAAAAUGGUUUCUUCAAAAAUGAUUAUAUAGACUACUUGAAGUUUUUUUUUUUUUUUUUUUUUUGAUGAUGAUGAUGAUGAUGAUGAUGAU